AUGUUCACAAAGGAAGACAAGGAGGAUCCAGUGCUGAGCCAUACAAGGGAAAGCAAGUCAGAAACAACGACUUUAGUAGGAAACGAUAAGGAUGAAGCCAUCAAGUUUCUUCGAGACACGAAAACUUCAUUAUUAGAUGAUGAAGAACAAUCCAAGAAAUAUCCCAAAAAACUUCUCAGGAAAAUAGAUUGGAGAAUUAUGACUGUGUUAUGUGGUUCUUAUUUCUUACAAUUCUUGGAUAAGAAUUUAUUAAAUUAUGCUGGUGUUAUGGGUAUUAAAAAGAAUUUAAAAGGUGAUGAAUUUGCUAAUUUAGGUACAAUUUUUUAUGCUUCAUAUAUCUUUGCAGAACCUUUAGCUGAUUAUUUCUUACAAGUUCUACCCACUGGUAAAUUCUUAGCGUUUUGUAUUGUUUCAUGGGGGAUUGUUGUUGCUGCUCAUUCAGCUUGUCAUACUUAUGCUAGUCUUAUGAUUGUUAGAACAUUAUUAGGGAUUUUUGAAUCUUCAUUAUCACCAGGUCUUAUUGUUAUUUCAUCAAUGUGGUAUAGUAAAUCUGAAAAUUUACAAAGAACAGGUAUUUGGGUUUCAAUGGCUGGGUUAAGUGUUAUAAUUGGUGGAUUUUUAUCAUUUGGAUUCCAACAUGUUACAACUGAUUUCCAAUCAUGGCAAAUUUUUUUCCUAGUUAUGGGAUUAAUAACUGUUGCAUUUGGUAUUUUCACUUAUUUUAUAUUACCAAAUAAUCCAACAAGUGCUAAUUUUUUAAAUGAUGAUGAAAAAAUCAUUGUUUUAGAACAUAUUAGAUCUAAUCAAACAGGUACAGAAUCUAAAACUUUUAAGAUAAAACAAAUAAAAGAAUUAUUAUUCCAUGAUAAACAUACAUGGCCUUUGUUUUUCCUAACUAUAAUAUCAAUGAUGUCUACAGGCGCCUUGGGAACUUGGUCAGUUACUAUAAUUGCCUCAUUUGGGUUCACAAGUAAAAUUGCAGCUUUAGUUCAAACACCAGUUGGUGCUGCCAUGAUUUUAGGUUCUAUGUUACAAUCAUAUAUUUGUUCUUAUUAUGGGAAAAGAACUUUAGUAUUUAUUGGAAUGUGUAUCCCUGCAAUAGUGGCAUAUAUCAUAUUAUUAACAACCAAAAACCGUGUUGCAAAUUUAAUAGCAAUUUAUAUGGCAAUGUUUUCAACAAGUGUUAUUGGAUUAUUUUAUUCAUGGAAUAGUGCAAAUACAGCAGGUCAUACCAAAAAAUUAGCACGUAAUGGAUUAACAAUGAUUGCAUUUUCAAUUGGAUCAUUAAUUGGUCCUCAAUUAUUUAGAGAUUAUGAAAAACCAGAUUAUAGAUCUGCUAAAAUUACAUUACUUGUUACAUCAAUCAUGUGUAUUCCAUUAGCUAUAUUGGUUGGUUUGAUUUCUAAAUGGGAAAACAAUAGAAAAGAUCAAAAAGAUCCUGUUGAAUUAUCUUCAAACUAUGAAUUUGAAGAUCUUACAGAUAUAGAGAAUCCUAAUUUUAGAUAUGCAUUGUGA